GAAUUCUUAGGGAAACAACAAGGUGCUGUUUUGAAAAGUGUCAUCUUUGCAUAGUGCAUACAGAGUAUAGUAAGAAAAAUGUGUUGUGUAAGCUUUUCUUCUGAGAUGGAUUUGAAGGUAGAAAUAGAUGAACCAUUUUGAUAACAUCACUAGUAGAGAAUAGGAAGGAUGGGGUACUGUUGAAACUUAACAGUUUUUCUGGAAAAAAGCUUAAGUCCUGCAGGCUGUUAAAAGGUCUGGGCUUUUAUUAGAAAGCAAGCCUGCCUUUUUUGUGGGUGACACUGCCUGUGCAGGAAUCACAGCUAUUUUGCCAAGUGGGACAAGAAUUUUCUUCACAGUGAUGCUGGAUUGUGUUUGGCGUGCAGAGCAGUGACCUCUUGCUUGAAUAGCUAGCUUUCUACUGCUGUGUCACACCAGGCAUUGUGCUAUUCCAAGGGUUUCCUGCUGAAAUGUGCUAGUAGGCAAUUCAGCUCCUGAAUUGCUACUUGAAAUUCACUGUGUGAUGGAUGACAGGCUUUGCUUGCAAUGCAGCUCAAGUUUCUGGACGAAAGGUGCUUGUUUGUGUUAAAGUAAUUUUAUUUCCUUAGGUAUUUCAAAACCUAGAAAUCCUACGCAGUUCUUAGGGGAUAGAUUUCCCAAAAUAGCUAUUGAGCUUCCACCUGCUUAGCCAAUUCAAGACGCUUACUACUUUCACUGAAUACCCUUUCAUCUGUAGAAACAAUAAUCAUGUCACAGUACCCCAAGCGUACAGUGACACCAAGAAUAUGGAGUUAUUUUGCUGCUGUGUCAUUGAAUAUGGUAUCACUGUAUUAAUGUAAGGAACUCUUGUCUCCAGCUGUUCAAACAAGACUUUGUUGGAGAAACUUAAGAGUGUGUUGUUGACAGGACUGCACGGCAGUUGAGUACUUUUGUCAUGGUUUGGGAAUAGUAUUCUCCAAUUUACUGUUCUCACUGAAAUCACUCCAAACCAUAUGCCACUUGCGCGCUUCUCUGUCCCCCUCCUGUUCCUCUGCGGCAGGCUAGAGCAGAGAUUGGAGACACAAAAGAUAAAGAUCAUGGAUGGGGUAAGAACGAUUUACUAGAAACAGCAAAACUAGAACAGUUUACUAGAACAGUAACAGCAAUAAAAUUAGUAACAAAAAUGUACAAGAGGGGUGAGCAAUUCACAUUUGAAUGCUCACCACUCUACUAUGCAGAGCCCGACAGUACCUCUUGGCUGCCACACUACUGGAAGGGACCCCUUCCCCUGUUGCUGAAAAAUCACAUGAGAUGGUCCACAAUAACCUUGUGGUAAGGAUGGACGCUUGACGUUUUUGCCAGGAAAUCAGACUGUGGAUUUACCUUCCAUAAAUUUUAUGAAAAGACAUGGCACUGUCUUUCUCAAUGCCUACACCAAUUCUCCAAUUUGUUGUCCUUCCCGUGCAGCUAUGUGGAGUGGUCUUUUCACUCAUAUAACAAAAUCUUGGAAUAACUUCAAAGGUCUAGAUCCAGAUUAUGUAACAUGGAUGGAUCUCAUGGAGAAGCACGGCUACCAUACACAGAAGAUUGGGAAAUUGGACUUUACUUCUGGACAUCAUUCAGUAAGUAACCGUGUGGAAGCUUGGACUAGGGAUGUUAACUUCCUGCUCCGACAAGAAGGAAGACCCAUGGUGAAAAUUACAGGCCAUAGGAAGCAGUUUAGAGUAAUGGAAACAGAUUGGCGGAACACUGAUAAAGCAGUAAAUUGGAUAAAGGAAGAAGCUGUUAACUUUACUCAACCAUUCAUUCUUUACUUGGGACUAAAUUUACCACACCCGUAUCCAUCACCCUAUGCAGGAGAAAAUUUUGGAUCCUCUACAUUUUUAACAUCUCCCUAUUGGCUUGAAAAGGUAAAUUAUGAAGCUAUUAAAAUACCCAAGUGGUCUUCUCUUUCAGAGAUGCAUCCAGUAGACUAUUACUCAUCGUACACCAAGAAUUGCACAGGAGAGUUUACAAAGGAAGAAGUGAGAAAUAUUAGAGCAUUUUAUUAUGCUAUGUGUGCAGAGACAGAUGCCAUGCUGGGUGAGAUUAUUUCAGCUCUGCGAGAUACUGGGCUUCUUGGAAAAACAAUUGUUAUAUUCACUGCAGAUCAUGGAGAACUUGCUAUGGAACACCGUCAGUUCUAUAAAAUGAGCAUGUAUGAGGGAAGUUCCCACGUUCCUCUUUUAGUUAUGGGGCCAGGUUUAAGAGAACAGCACCAAAUACCAAAUGUAGUGUCUCUUGUGGAUAUCUAUCCUACUAUGCUUGAUAUAGCAAGAAUUCCUGUUCCACAGAACCUCAGUGGAUAUUCUCUUAUACCACUGCUACGUGAAAAAGCUGAGAGUGAAGUGUCACCCAGAGGACCUCGGCCCUCAUGGGUGCUGAGUGAGUUCCAUGGAUGCAAUGUGAAUUCCUCUGUGUAUAUGCUGAGAACUGGCAAGUGGAAAUACAUCACAUACUCGGAUGGCUCUUCAGUACUGCCCCAACUCUUUGACCUUACUGCUGAUCCAGAUGAGCUUACAAAUCUUGCCAUAAAAUUCCCAGUAACUGUACAUUCUUUGGACAAAAUACUUCGCUCUAUAGUAAACUAUCCAAAGGUUUCUACUUCUGUUCAGGAGUAUAACAAAAAACAGUUUAUCAGUUGGAAACAAAGUUUGGGUCGUAAUUACUCAAGUGUUAUUGCAAACCUUAGGUGGCAUCAAGACUGGUUAAAGGACCAAAAAAAGUAUGAGAAUGCAAUUGACAAGUGGCUUGGUAAGUAGAUACAGACAACCUGGAUUUCAUAUGAAUGAGGAUAUAAAAACUUUAUGCAUUUGUAAUAUUAUGCUGUAUUUCAAAUGGUAGAAUUAUUUUCUUAUAUAACCUAUUGAAAGUAAAGAUAACUGAACUGUUACUGCUUUAUGUCAGAAAGCCAAGAGCAUUUUUGUAACUAGCCAGCACAACAAAACUAGAGUUUCAGAUGUUAUUAUUCUGUAAGUGUAAGUGUAUAUAGAAAGGAUAUUGUGCAAAUACUAAUUGUGUGUAUGUAAUAUUUAGCUGAUUGCAAAAGUACAGAGUAUUAAGCAUUCAAACUCAAUAGGAACUCCAUUUAUAAUAUAACUUCCAUUUAUAAGAAAAAGCAAGGAUUAUAAAACUUAGUGAAGUAAAGUACCAGUUGCAGUGGGAUUUCUUGUGUGUAUUAUAAGUCUAGAUUGAAUAGACAUUCAUCAAAAAGUUGGUAACCAGUACAGGUCUGAGCAUAGAUAUGGCUCAUGCAAGUACUUAACUAUAUCAGCAUUCCUGUGUUACAUGUGAUUGACUUCCUACGUUUUCAAGGUCUGCCUGCUAAUCUCUUGCUCCUCUCUGGUCAUCAUCAUAAAUUAAAAAGAAAAACCCUUCUUGCCAAACCUAUGAGUAGAGCAGUUCUCUGAAGAAUGAUAGUGUGAUUUGCAUAACAUAAAAUAAAAACUGCUUGAAUGCAGUUAGAUCCUGCAAGUAAAUGCUUUAAUGCCCAUCAGUGAGUGGCGAAUUGAAACCUAAAAUGUACACAGAGGAGACACAAUUGAAGCUUGCAGGAAGAGUUAACAGAAAAAUACUGUUUCCCAUUUUUCCAGUGACCUGACCAAAAGAAAGUAGUUUUGGAAGAAGGUAAGAUUUAGGCAAAAACUCUUCCAUUUAUGGGAAUAUGUAAUUACAGCAGUGCUUAGAUUUGCUAAUUCUUGGUCACCAUCAUUGCUGCUAUAGUACCAGUUCACAACGACAUUAUACUUCGUACAUAAAAUGUUUUCUGAAAUCUGUUAUUAAAUGCUUAGUAGUAACAGUAAGCCAGUAAAAAUAAGCAUAAAAAUGAGACACAUUUUCUGAUGGCUCCACACUCAUUUCAUGAGCAACUUCCCACACACAGUUAAAAAAUCUUGAAACCCUGUAGCACAUGCCGUUAUAAUUCUUAUUAAAAUGAGUUCAGGUACAGUUGAAAUUACUUAAACAAAAUAAAUGGGCUGCAUAAUUAGAGGAAGUAUUUAUAUCCAUAUGAAAGUUUGUUCAAGAGAAAAAAGAAUAAAGAAAUUUUCUCACUUUCCAGAGAUCUGGACAGAAUACAGUAUAUUGUCCAAAACAGAGUAAAAUAAAAUUAUGGUGAACUGGA